AUGGCAGCCGCGCGGGCGCCGUCACUGCUCGGCGCGCAUGCCUUGCACCACGCCCGACGCCACGCCUCGAGCGGCAACAACGCGGGGCCUAGGCAGUCCCCUGCGGUACGCCCGGGCGCAUCGCCCACACUAAUCGCUGCGGCUCAGUGGCGCUUCGGCAAUCGCUGGAUGGGCCGCAAUCGGCGCAUGUUAGUGCAGCCGGACCAUGCGAGCGCGGUCCGGAGGCGCCGUAUAGAGUUCGGCGAAGCCGCAAGCGAGCCGCGUGGUUUUGCGGCCGACUGUCCGCCGCCUGCAACAAUGAAUCGGUGUCGUGUCAUUAAUACGUCGCGCGAAACGUUCAGAUUGGAUAUCGAUACGGUCGCGAUUGCCCGAUCGCCUCCGUGCCCGUUAAUUGGGCGAAACAGCGCCGUUUCGACAUCAAAGCGA